AUGAUAAAUGCCAGGUCUAAAUCAUCACAAAGAAUCAAAAUAAAACCCUCAAAUGUACAAAGUCCUUUGACUUCAUAUUCAGCACUUGCAGUUAAUAAAAGUAUGCAAAUCAAUCAUAUAGCUAAUGACAGCCCAAACCAAAGUGAUUUUAAACGCAGCAAAAGUGUUUUGCUGUCACCUCCAAGAAGAUAUACAAUCAAAGAUAUUGAUUCUCUAGAAGCUAAAAAAUUAUUCAAGCGGAAUUCUUAUUUAUUAAUCCUUUAAUAUUUGUCUUUCCCUUUUUCCAGUACAGGCCAUACCCCUAUAUAGAUUUCUUUAUCGAACAAAAUGCAAUGGACUGUUGAACGAGCAAGACAGAUUCGCUCAAUCUCUAUAAGAGGAAGUCUUAAAAAGUGACAUGUCGGAAAAUAGUGGCAAGUGUGAAAAAGUUGACAACAAACGCUUACUCAUCCCCUCCAAGAGCGAGCAAAAUCAUUUGAAAAAUCCUUAUGAAUCUCUAGCUCAUUCUGUUUAAUUUUAAAUAAAUUGCAUUUUAAAACAUAAAUUUUAUUAAUAUUUGUUUUCCAAUUUUUUGUGCACUGGGAUUUUUUUUAAAUUUAUAAAAAUUUAACCCCCACAUGAAGGGAGGGGUUUAGAUUUAUUCACAGCAAAUACCAUUAUUAUGCUCAAGCAGAAUUCAGUUAGAUAUGAGCUUUCUUCUUUAUUUGAAACAUCCUCACAGGUCUCAAACUUUGAAAGCAGUGCAAAAAACUUUAAAAAAACAAACCCAUUUAAAAGAAAUAGGUACCACUCAAGCUCAGUUGAAAAAUUAGCAUCACUAAAUUCUAUAGUGAACAGAUGUGAAAAUGUCAGGCAAAGCAUGAGCAAGGCAAAUUUGCUUACAGCAAUCGAAAAUGCGAAUUCUUGAAAAAAUUUGCAAGAAUCAAUUAAUAAUCAGAAAGAAUUAGAUGAGUGAAAUUAUAAAAAACCAUAUAGAAAAUUGUCAGAGGAACGGAUGAGAAAAGAAGCUGUGGAGCUCCAAAAAAUGUUUGAAGUCGGCCAAGGCCGAAAAAAGAGAAAAAUUUGAAAAUUAUCAAGACCUGCCCUUUCAAUGAAGGUUGAAAAAAGCUUAACUCUCCCUCUAUGAGCACUAAAAAAGUCGGUGAGAGAUCAAAUUUUUAUAAAAAAAUUAUAUAUAUAUGCGAUAAUUAGCAUAAUGAAAUCUUCAGCCAAUUCUUCCAAUUUUUCUAAAUCACAUUUAAAACAUAAAUUUUACAAAUUAGUUAAAUUUUUACUUUCCAAUUUUUGCAAAUUAAAUAUUGUAAAUAUUUUUUUAUAAAAUUUAUAUAAAUUUUUUUUAAAAAAGAGCUAAUAAAGUGUUUUUCUUUGCUUAAGGAGUAAAAGAGUAAGUAAAUAUCGAAUAACAUAA